AGACACUGGCAAUUGCGACACUACAUCUCGUCGCCCGACAAGGACGCCAUCUAUUACGCCAGCGUCAAUGAAGUCUACUAUCUCGACACGCAAUCGCGGAAACGCAAAUACCUCGCCACACUACCAUUUGUCGCUCGAUGUACAGCUGCUGGCUUUGGCUGGGUCUGUGUUGGAGGUGAGGAGGAUGGUUACUUUGCCGCAAUCAAGCUGGAGGGCUCGUCUCCAGUUCGCCCUGCAGACGUAGAUGCUCCACUGCCACUGGACUACUGGCAACCACAGAGGGGCACUCCGAGAGCCGCCAACGUCAAGCUCGAACAUAUAGGCGAAGAGAUUGUCAACUCCAUCUCCAUCCACCAAAUUCACGAUGAGGAAAAUCACCUAUACGAUGUUGUCGCCGUCCUAACCAACAAUGACAAGACUGUUCGCGUCUACUCACUGACCCAAGCCCUGGAAACUGCCGUUUUGGAUCUGCCCUUCCCCAUGAACCACGCCUCCAUAUCGCCCGAUGGCACAACUCUUGUUGCUGUCGGCGACUCCAAUCAGGCCUUCUUCUACACACGUACACUAUCGCAGCCUCCCCCACAGAUCCCAAAGCCUCACAACCGUCUGAACACAGGCAAUGUCACCUGGGAGCUAGCAAACAAUGUCCACCUUCGUGCUGGCGAUCCUACUGCACAACCGGGCUAUUUCACUACUGCCUGGUCGCCCAACGGCAGCUUGGCAGCUCUGGGUUCUGAAGGCGGUUACAUCACUCUGUUUGAUAUGGACGUAUUUUCUCAAUGUGCUUCCGAUGAGGCAGAAGCUGCCAUCGUUGCUACGAUUCCAUCAACGAGACCUAACAUUGUCGCUGCUCUACAUCCUGGCGCUGUCAGAACCAUGCUCUUUUCUCCAGAACCCUGGGACUUGCUGAUCUGGGCUGAAGACCAAGGCCGUAUAUGCAUCGGCGAUCUGCGCACUGGACUUAGGACCAAACAGGUCAUAGAACUCAAACCGGAUGAAGAAGGUCUGAAACAGAUUGAACUUGAAGACAUUGCAGCAGAGUAUUUGACAGAAAAUGAUGGCCUCGAUGACCUACAGCAAGAGAUUCUGGACCGCUACCGGGAAACACGAGAUCCUGCCGAGCAGGGUAACUUUGCUACAGAAUUUCUACAAGCUCGAGAGCGUGAACGCUCUCAAAAUCUUGACCGCGCCCGUGCAAUGUUCCCGACCUUACGCGACACAACAUCCGUGCCAGGAGAUGAUCCUCGAGGUCUCACAGCACAUGAACAACAGAUCCUUGAAGCACUUCGAACAACUAGACAACGCGAAGAAGCGCGUACUCAAGGAAGUGCUCCCCGCUCGAUCAACUAUACCAGCGCUGGUCUCUUUAGCGGCCAUACUAAUAGUCGCACUUCGGCGGCUGCGCGAUCCACUGAAACCCCUCGCCCAUUCAGCGACGUCUUGGUCAACCACAAUGACCCCUACGCAGCUUUCCCGGAAUUAUCUCGGACAUCACAGCGGGAAACGACAGAAUCUCGCGAAAGAGAACGGAAUACAAGUGACAACACGCUGCCACCCCUUCAUUCAAUACAAGAGUAUUUCACUGCCCCGACCAUACCUCCACAUGCAACGCGGGCAACGGCGACCACCAGGACUGAAACAGAGGAAGACAACCCAUGGCGCACGAUAUCCAAUGCAAUGACCUUGGCCCGGGGACCGCUAUUUGAAUCACCUCGAUCAAUAGACGCUAGCACGCGACAGUCUCGUGAGCGGGAGGCUAUGGUGCGUACGGAACAGCUUCGCCGAAUGACUGCUCAGCGUGAGCGGCUCCGUGGACUACGACAGGAAUUUGAACGCGGAACAGAUACAGCGCAGAGCCUGUACGAUACGCUUACCUCACUACGAGGCUACACAUCAGCACGACCUACCGCGUUUCAUGAUGGCUAUGAGAUGCUGAUGCGCAGAGCUGGACGCGAGGCUACCAUAGGAGUCAGAACAGCAGGUCUAGCCAUCAGUCAUGAUGGACGCAAGCUGUGGGCGGCAUGUGAGGAGGGCAUCUUCGAGAUUGACUUGCAGGUCAAGCUGAGAAUGAUGUUUCCAGCAGUGGAAAUGAAAUAA